AUGCCGGGGUGCUGGAGGGCUGCAAUGUGCACGGCAGGAGGCGCCGAGCAGAGCCGGGAGCUCAACGGGGACUUGCGGCUGCGGCUGGCUGCCGGUUUCGCCGGCAGCCUUCGAAACUUGGCAAGUGCCGGCUCAACAUUUGGUUCUCAAAAUUUGGUUUCGUUCACAGCUUCCCCCCGCACGGCCGAGCCGUCACGGAGCAAUCUGCAAGCCAUCAAACCUAAAGACGCGUUAAUCAUCCUGGAUCCCUGUGACACGGAUGCAGGGCAGAGGAUGGCUUCAGCCCUCCCGCUGCUGCUGCUCUGGUUGUUUGCCCCCACGGUGGUCCCGGAGGUGUUUGGCCCCGGAGAUGGCACAGAGGACCUCAAGGCUCUGCAGGUCUCCAUCCCACGCCACCCAGCCCUUGACGCCGUGCUGGCGGGCGACAUCACCAUCCCCUGCCUCAUCACCUACCUCGGCCCCCAGCCCACCACCGCGCCGCGCCGUGCUGGCGCCCCGCGGGUCAAGUGGACUUUCAUCUCUGAGGGCAGGGAGGUGGAGAUCUUGGUAGCCCGGGGGGACAGGGUGAAGGUGAGCGAGGACUAUCGCCUCCGUGCCUCCCUCCCCAUCUUCCACCAGCGCUACACCAACGCCUCCCUGCUGCUCACCGAGCUGCGGCCCAACGACUCGGGGAUCUACCGCUGCGAUGUGCAGCACGGCAUCGAGGACGGCCACGACAUCCUCGACGUCAAAGUCAAAGGGGUGGUGUUUCACUACCGGGAGGGCUCCAUGCGCUACGCCUACACCUUCGCUGAGGCGCAGGAAGCUUGUGCCAGGAUCGGCGCCCGCAUCGCCACCCCCGAGCAGCUGUACGCUGCCUACCUCGGCGGCUACGAGCAGUGCGAUGCCGGCUGGAUCGCCGACCAGACCGUCAGGUAUCCCAUCCACAUGCCCCGUGAGGCCUGUUACGGAGACAUGAACGGCUUCCCCGGGGUGAGGAACUACGGGGUGGUGGACCCAGAGGACAUGUACGACGUGUACUGCUACGCCGAGGACCUCCCAGGGGAGAUCUUUUUGGAGACGGCCCCAGACAAAUUCACGCUGGUGGAGGCGGCGGCGCACUGCCAGGCGCUGGGCACGGAGCUGGCGAGCACGGGGCAGCUCUACGCGGCUUGGAACGCGGGGCUGGACGCUUGCAGCCCCGGCUGGCUGGCCGACGGCAGCGUCCGCUACCCCAUCGUCACCCCCCGGGAACGCUGCGGCGGGGCUCUGCCGGGCGUCAAAACCAUCUUCCUCUUCCGCAACCAGACGGGAUUCCCCGAUGCCCAGAGCAGAUACGAUGCGCUGCUUUCGAGAGAAGGGACAAACUCUUUCCCUGAGGCUGCAGGAAAAUACCGAGCCAGAGAGCCCGAGGGCCUCCAGGAGAUUGUUACAGUGGCAGAAAAGCUGGAGGAGCUGCAGCUGCCCAAAGCGCAAGUGGAGAUUGAGUCACGAGGGGCUAUAUACGCCGUCCCUUUCUUUAAGGACGCUGAGCUGGAAAAGCCGAGCCCGUCCCCCGAAGACGCACCGGGGCCAGGGGCCCGGCACCCCCCGCUAGAUACCUCCGUGUCCUCGGGUCACCCGACCUCUGCCUCCCCUUUCCCCACAGCCCCGGCCGUCCCCGAGGCAGGCGUCCCACUUAGCUGUGGUGCAAAACCGGGGAGCCCGUCCCCCGCGGAGGAGGAUGGGGCGACAGGGACAGUUGGGCAGUGCACAGCAGCCGGGCGCGAGCCGUCCCGCACGGAGGAGGAACAGGGAGCAGCGCUGGGCAGGGACCCUGGCAGCACAUCGGUGGAGAGCCCGGGCGGAGGGCGAGACCCCAGCCAGCCCGUUUUUUUUCACCCACCGGUGCCCCGUCCCCAGUGGGGGCCGCAGCAGGAUGCCAUGGGGCGGCCAGCCCACACUGCCAGCCCUGGGGCACCUGGGCACCGGGUGACAUCGCCGACCAGUGGCACUUCUGCCACCUCGACAGAUAGCCGAGAGCCUGGUGGGACCCCCCGACGCGGCCAUGAGUCCGGAGGGGCGAGCACCCCCAUCCCCGCAGCUGAAGACGCCGAGCUCUCGGGAGACGUGGUCGAAAGCCCCGGGGCAUCCCCGCUGCCCCCCGCGCCCUCGCAGCCACAGGAGGAGGGAGAGGAGCAGUCGGGGGCCCUGUGGCUCCCCUCGCCCGCAGCCCCGGGGGACAGGAGCACCGUCCCCGCGGCGGAGGUGACGGCGGUCACACCAUGGCACGCGGAGGUGCCUGGCAGCAGCAGUGCACCAGCCAUGGGAGGCGAGGAGGCUGUGCCACGACCCCCGGGCACUGACCGCGGGAUGCCUGCUGCAUCUUCGGAAGAGGAGGAAGAGGAGGAAGAGGAGGAGGAAGAGGAAGAGCAACCCGCUCCCUCCGUUGCAACCGUGGAGGGUUUCCUUGCAGCCGUUCCCGGAGAACCAGGUGGCUGCGUCCCCAACCCCUGCCUGAACGGAGGGACCUGCACGGAGGACGGCGCCCGCCUCGCCUGCCUGUGCCUGCCCGGCUAUGGAGGCAGCAGCUGCGAAAGAUAGGCCAAGUGCAGCCCCGGCUGGGACAGCUUCCAGGGAGCCUGCUACAAGCACUUCUCCACCCGGAGGAGCUGGGAGGACGCGGAGACCCAGUGCAGGCAUUAUGGGGGGCACCUGGCCACCAUCCUGACCCCCGAAGAGCAGGACUUCAUCAACGCCGAGGACGCGGAGACCCAGUGCAGGCAUUAUGGGGGGCACCUGGCCACCAUCCUGACCCCCGAAGAGCAGGACUUCAUCAACGAGUGGAUCGGCUUGAAUGACCGGACCAUCGAGGGGGAUUUCCAGUGGUCCGAUGGGAGCCCCUUGCUCUACGAGAACUGGCACCCCGGGCAGCCCGACAUCCAGUGCGGGCCGCCCCCCGCCGUCAGCAACGCCCGUGCCUUCGGUAAACCAAAGCAGCGCUACGAGAGCGGCUCCAUCGCACGGUCCCAGUGCCGCCGCGGCUUUGUCCAGCGCCGCUCGCCCAUCAUCCGGUGCCGGGAGGGGCCUGCCGCCCCGGCCUGGCUCAGCCCCCUGAUGACUGAGGAGCUCACCAGGGCAGAAGCCACAACCUCCCCGGGCCCUGGAGCCGGCGUGGAUGGGGACGGCACCGGGACGCCAGCGUGGACCCCGGCGUGGCACGAAACCUCACUGUUGGGUGUCUGCCUCCUUGUUUGUUUUAUAUCUGUACAAAGAAAUCCUAAUAACUAA